UCGAGCGCGCCCGCACUCACGGCCGCUGCUCGUCGCUCUAGCGCCAAAACUGCCGCGCCGCUCGCGAUGGCCACGUCCGCUCGCUCGCGCGCCGUACCGCUGCUCGUCGCUCGGAGAGGAGCGCGAUCGGCCCGCUCCUUUUCGUCCGAGAGCAGCUCGAGCUACUCAAAGCUCACGACUGGCUUCUCCUCCCGCAUCUCCAACGUGCAGGAGAGCUUCUUCUACCCGGUCGACCGCGUCGUGGUCAACGUUCCCGCCACGACGGCCAACCUGGGGCCCGGCUUCGACUCGUUUGGCUUUGCGCUCGACGUCUGGAACCGCGUGAUCGUGCAAAAGUCGGACCGGUUCGAGAUGGUCGUGGAGGGGGAGGGGGAGGGGCGGAUCUCGCUGACCGAGGACAACCUCGUCGUGCAGUGCGUCCGCAAGGUGCUGCACUCGCUCGGCAAGGAGAUGCCUCCGCUGCGCUUCGAGUGCCAGAACGCGGUGCCUCCGACGCGCGGGAUGGGCUCGUCGUCCGCGGCGCUGGUGGCGGGGCUCGCGGCCGGGCUGGCGCUGGGCGGCAAGGACGUGACGACGCCGGCCAACAAGAAGCUGCUGCUGCAGCUCGCCGCAAACGAGGAGGGGCACGCCGACAACGUGGCGCCCGCCAUCUACGGCGGCUUCCAGAUCGCCUUCAACGCCGAGGGCCACUGGAUCACGCAGCGGGUGCACAUCCCCGACGGGCUGCAGUGCGUCCUCUUCAUCCCCGACGACGAGAUGCCGACCACCGAGGCGCGCGCCGUGCUGCCCGCGAAGAUCGACCGCAAGGACGCAAUCUUCAACAUCGCGCGCGCCUCGAUGCUGAUCAACUGCUUCGCGACGUCGCAGUUCGACCCUCUGCGGAUGGCGAUGGAGGACCGGCUCCACCAGCAGUACCGCAAGCACAUGUUCCCCUUCGAGCCAAUCAUAAAGGACGCCCUCGAGGCGGGCGCGCACGGCGCCUUCCUCUCCGGCGCCGGCCCGACGGUCCUCGCCAUCACGGGCGGCGUCGGCAUCGCAAACGUGGGUUCCGACACCAUGUCACAGUUCCUCGCCGAGGUGGUGUCGGACGCGAUGGUGUCGUCGGCGGCGCGCCUCGGGGUGCGCGGCACCGCGCACAUCGCCACCCCUUCCUACUUCGGGCUGCACUCCAACGGGUACGACCGCGACGGCGAGCAGCUCUGGUGAGGUGGCGACCCUCUGUCGCCGCCCGCGACUCGGCCCGCGACUGGUCUCGCUGCGCCGGCGCAGCCGCGCGUCGGUCUCUCUCUCCAAUGUGGCCACUCCCACCUACCCCCGGGCCGUCCGUUCGCACGCGGCGGUCGUGCUAUAAUAUAUUAUAAUGUGUUGCUGCACACGAACCCUCGCGGUCCCUUCUGUCUGUUGCGUGUCGCAUUCUUUUUAUAGCAUGCUCUCUCUAGUAGCUC